AUGGAGCUACCCGACAGAAUUUCGAGCCAUACCCACGCGUCACUAUCCCCGUCGCAAUGGGUGAUCAUCAUCUCUUCUGACGACAAACCUCCCUGUGGCCAAGAUUCGAGAGCACUAGUCAGUGCCGAGAACCUCGAGGUCGUCCCCUGCACAUCCGACAUCCUGGCGCCUCCGUCCUCAUCACCGGUGGCCCUUGCCCACGAAAACGACAUUGGCCAGCCCCUGCCUGCGGCUCUCUUGGCGAGCAGCGAUCAUGCAGUCUUUUUGGACGAUGCAAUCGUCGAGGAAACACCUCUCAAGUCAUCAUGGAAUGAGCUGCAGAGUUCAGCACUCCACUCAUGGUCAUCCUUCAAAAGAAGGAAUGGGAUCAACGCAGAAUCGUCGCCCUCAGGCGCAAACCCGUUAUCCAGCGAGGACGCAGAGAUGACGACCAGCCGAUUGUGUAGAAGGCUGUCCGUAUUUCACCGCUGUCACAGCUAUACGUUCGAGAGCUUGGAGAUACGCUCCCCCGAACCGGUCGCGGCGUCUCGGCACAUCUCAGUGAAUCAACUCAUCACGCCAGCCCUUGCGCGACUCGCAGAAGACCGCAGCAUAUCGGGCCACCUCGGACCAACGGAGCAACCAGAGCUCUAG